AUGGAGUCGGUUAUAAAACGUCCUCGUCUUCUCGAUGAUUUACCACUAUUGCCACCAACACUUGAAAACGCGGUUGUUGUUGACGAGUCUUCAAACAGUGGCGGCGAAAGCGAAGAUAGUGAGAUUCUAAACGUUUCAAACAGUCCACAGCGUGAAAUUGACAAUGUAAUUAUUUUAAACUCUGACGACGAAGAUGACGACGACAACAACGACGAGGAUAUCAAUAUUGAUAUCAUGUCUGACAUUCCUCCCACACUAGUGGAUUUAUUCAACGCAUUCAUCUCUUCACCUUCAAUGGAUAAUCGCGUCGAUACAGUAGCAAUUCAAGAACAACAAAAUAAUGAUGAAAUCAUUGAUCUAACACAAGACGAAACCGACUCCAGUUGCUGUUUAUCUAAUCAACAAGAACAGAAUACGAACCAUAAUAACGACGAUGACGAUCAAUGUCCUCCAAUGUCAACAUGUCAUGUGCAUGUCCUGUAG